CAUCUGCAACCCAAAACAUUUUAAAGCCUGCAACCAUGUCCGAGAUCUCUUCUCAACUCUCUCCAAUCCUAUCAGGAACAUAAGUGAAUUUGUGACAGUGAAACCCUAGUCAGAAGUACUGCAAGACCUGCACACCAUGGAAACGCCAAGAAGCUGCAGUUCACCACGCUUGCUGAUCUUUGUGCUAGCACUGGCCCAUUGGUGCAGCAUCGCCAUGGCGAGCUGCAGCUUCACCAUAUCCAACUACUGCUCCCAGCCCAUCUGGCCGGGGACGCUCGCCGGCGCGGGCACGCCGCAGCUGCCCACGACGGGGUUCAGGCUCGACCCGGGGCAGACCGUGCAGGUCCCGGCGCCGCCGGGGUGGUCCGGCCGGUUAUGGGCGCGCACGGGCUGCGCGUUCGACACCGGCGGCAAGGGCGCGUGCCAGACCGGCGACUGCGGCGGGCGCAUGGAGUGUGCGGGCACCGGCGCCACGCCGCCGGCGACGCUGUUCGAGGUCACGCUGGGGAAGGGCGCCGGCGACCUGGACUACUACGACGUCAGCCUCGUCGACGGGUACAACCUGCCCGUCGUCGCUGUCCCGCGGGCGCGGCAGGGCGCCGGCGGCGGCUGCAACGCCACCGGCUGCAUGGCCGACCUCAACCGCUCGUGCCCCAAGGAGCUGCAGGUGGACCGCGGCGGCGGCACGGUGGCGUGCCGGAGCGCGUGCGAGGCGUUCGGGCAGGACCAGUACUGCUGCAGCGGCGCCUACGCGACGCCGACGACGUGCCGCCCGACGGCGUACUCGUCCGUCUUCAAGUCGGCGUGCCCGCGCGCGUACAGCUACGCCUACGACGACGGCUCCAGCACCUUCACCUGCGGCAACGCCGCCGACUACACCAUCGCCUUCUGCCUCGCUCUCUCCGGGUUGCAGAAUCCCGGCGCCGUUCCCGUCGGAUCGCCACCGGCCUACGGGCAGAGCACUAGUGACGGGACCGGCGGCACGCCGCCUCCUAGUAUUGACGACAAUGGCGUCGGGAGCACAAACCCGCCGUCACCUACUACUGGCAACAAUGGCGUCGGGAGCACCAACCUGUCGCCUCCUAGCACUGACAACAAUGGCGUUGGAUGCACUGAUCAGCCGCCUCCGGCCGCCAGCGAUGGCGCUGGAAGCACCUAUCAGCCGCCGUGGAUGACGUUAUCGUCAGCCAGCACGCUACACGACCAGCUGUGGCUUGUGCUGCCUGCAGUGCUCUUGUUCCUCCUCUGGUCAUUCUCGCCAUGAACGUUGUCAUGCACAGCUCUUGUAGCAGUGAUAGCAGUGAUAAAAUCCAUCAUAGCCAACUGAGAUGGAAAUAUGUACAGGCUGAAUUAGCUCACGUAGUUUAUGGAUAAUAAAAUAUAUUGUUCGUUCAUUCAUGAAUUCAGUUCCUUUGUU